UCAAUGCCAUUCGAGGCUUUGCUCGCGACUGUGGCGUUGCGUCUGUAAGGCUAUAAGCUGCUUCUAGCUGGUUCCGAGUUCGGCUUUGGGUGAGGCUCUCAGUAGUCAGUUCAAUUACAAGAUUCGUUUUUGUUCUCCGUUUCUCUGAUGGCUGCGAAACCCAUUACCAGUCCGGUCCCCGUUUCGUGGUACCCGACCCUGUCCGUGUUUAUGCUGGCCAUAGGCCUCGUUCUAACUGCGUCUUUCUUCAUAUAUGAAACGACCUCAUCUCGAAAAAGCCGUUCUCUUGCCAAGGAGCUGACAACUGCAGCUGUGGCAUCAUUCUUCUUGGGUUUUGGGUCUUUGUUCCUCCUGCUUGCUUCUGGCGUUUAUGUCUAGCUAGUCAUUGAACGACAAAUUGGAUUACAAGUUUUGUUAAGCGGAUCAUUUCAAAGGAUUAGUAGUUAUCUUUGUUGUUAGUUUGAUCUCUAAGCUAUGGAUUUUGUAAUGCUUGAGAAGAUAAUGAAUUGAUUAUACUGUUUA